AUGCCCAACAAACGACGUCGGCUAGAUAAAGAAGAAUCUCAUAUUGUCAUUGUCGGAUCUGGUCUCGCUGGCUUGAGCGCUGCCAUUAGUCUGGAACAGGCAGGAUUUCGCAAUGUUUCUGUUUAUGAACGAGAUGCUAGCUUUGAACAGCAAAAGGAAGGUUAUGGUUUGACUCUUACGUAUAAUCCAAAGGGUCCUUUGGCCUCACUUGGUCUGCUGGAGAAAGUCGCUAAUGAAGAUUGUCCGAGCAGGUCCCAUUAUCUAUUUCGGAGUGAUGGGUCAAUAAUGGGUUACUUUGGAAAUGCCUUUUCCAAAACGCGAGGUCUUGGACAACGAGGGAAUCUUCGAGUGCCCCGAAAAGUCCUGAGGCGAAUGUUAUUUCAGAAGCUUUCUGCAACAAGAGUCCAUUGGAGCCACAGUCUUUUGGAUUUUGCGUGGAAAGAAGAUGCCAAUCAAUAUACAGUGCGAUUUCAAAGGAAACAAAAGGAAGGAGAUGUAUCACAGGAGUCAGGAAUCGCCGCUGUUAAUGCAGAUUUACUUGUCGCUGCUGACGGAAUUCGAAGUGCUGUGCUACAGAAUCUUGGACCAACAGCACAUACCAAACCAAUGGCGAAUCCCCAUGUUGGUCUUCGUCCAAUCGGAAUCCGGCUUAUCCUUGGAAUUGCAGAGUUCACGCAUCCUCUGUUAACAGAACGUGGUUUCUACACAUUGGAUGGGAAACACCGAUUGUUUACCAUGCCGUAUGAGUCCAAUCGAUUUGAGUCCACUAUAUCUAACCGAAUCAUGUGGCAACUCUCUUUCUUGACCGAUGGGAUCGAUUUGGAAGACAAGGAGAAUAGUGAUGUGGAACGAAAAGUGUUAGAUCCUGCAACUUUGCAGGAAUACGUCUUGGGCGUCUGCAGCAAAUGGCACAACCCCGUUGAAGAAAUGGUGCAAGCAACUCCACUCGAGGCCGUCUGGGGAACAGAUUUGAUGGAUCGUGAUCCAAUUCAGGUCCAAAAGCUGGUAAAGGAACAAGGAGCCCAACGGCUGGUUGUUGUGGGCGAUGCAUUGCAUAGCAUGUCUCCGUUCAAAGGACAAGGUGCCAAUCAAGCUUUGAAAGACGGUCCAUUAUUGGCACACUGGCUACAAGCAGCGUCCAUAGAUUCAGCUGUGACGAGCUUUUGGCGAGAAAUUGUCCAGCGAACCGCCACUGUGGUGGCAGCAUCCAGAAAGGCAGCACGAGAAUUGCACUCGCCUGCAAUUAUGAAUGAUAGUCAUGGAUUUGCAGGAGUGAAAUCGGAUUGCAAAGAGGGUUUCUUGAAAAUUCUCCAGGAGAAAAGGAUUGGAGCAGAACUGGGGUCUCAGCUAGACAAGGAAGUUGGAACGAUUAUACUGUCAAUGGGAAUUGCUGGUUCUGAAAAGGAGACUACAGUCUGCGAAACGCAACAACAGAAAGCUCUGCACCUUGCAACUACUGGUGAUAUCCAAGGACUUCGUCAAUUGACAUUGGAUAAGCAUUCUGCUUCGAUUCGGACAGCCAAGAAUGAUAAUGGUCAAUCCUGUUUGCACUUGGCAGCCAUUGGUGGACAUGCUAUAGUCUGCAGGUGGUUGCUAACUGAAGUAGAGUGCGAUAUACAAUCCAAAGAUCAUGAGGGUAAAAGGCCUGUAGACUACAGCGAAAACGGUACCCCUACCGUCUCUGUAUUCCGUUACAUCUAG